AUGACUGAGAUACGGCAAUUGUUACCUCCAAACAUUUACACCACUCUUGCGGAAGGCAGUUUCCACAUUACUGUGGUUCCAGAUCGCUCCUUCGAGAAUCCAAUGGCUCUACCAAGUAUACUCCAGGAGAAUGACUUGGAUACACCUCGUCCUCCCUCCCUGGAGUUCUCCGAAGAUCCUGAUACACCAGAUGGGUGCCCGGGUACACCCACCGAUUUCGAAAGCUACGUCGAGGCCAUGUCCAUUUAUCCAGAAGAAUACAUUUGGGACAACUUUGAUGUCGUGGAUUGGCCAAGUUGGAUGGAUAAUGAUUGUACCAGACGCAAAGAUAUGACUCGUAACCUUGAAGGGCUCCCUCCUGAAAUCAGGAUUUCCAUACUUUCUGCGAUGGAUCUCCAUGGACUGGAAAGCCUCGUACGGGCCUCUACAGUCUAUCAUCAACAAUACCUCUACAAUCGAAAAAGAGUGCUUCGUCGAUGCCUAGAGGUUGCGUUGGGUAGCGCCAUCCCCGAAGCCUACUCUGCCUAUAUCUCUAGCACUGAGGCAUUUGCAGAAGCACGCACGUUUCAUAAGACAAGGGAUUUCCUCAUGUCUCACCAAAGUCCCGGUCUCUCAUUAAUGUACGGUACGCUUACGAAGGACUUGAGUCUGGAUGAUCUGAUUCGUAUGACCAAAUUUCACCGCAUGGUAGUUCAGCCCCUUGUGCGGUGCUACGCUGAUUGGGCAUUGAUGAAUAUCAUUCAAGAUGCGGAGACUUUACAGAUCAAGUAUGAUGUCUGGAAAAUCAGGGAGCCAUUGAGUGUUGCAGAACGAGACCGUAUCAUGCGCUCUCUGUAUCGUUUCGAAUUGUGUUGCAAUCUCUUCGGUCUUGGUCCUCAUGAGAUCAAUCCAGGCCUCAGUUCCGAGGAUACAGUCAUGUUGGUCAAGAAUUCCUUUGAGCCCUGGCAGAUCAAGGAGCUCUUCUGCAUCGAUUGUUUCGCCAUGAGCGUCUGCAAUGAUGUCUUUGAUAUUGCCCUGAACAACGCCCUUCACCUACGCUACAGCGAUCGUAGGUGUCUUCAUGUUUUUGGUGAUAAGUCGAUUGCUAAAUUAUCGGAGUAG